AUGUGGUCGGUAUCUCACUUCUUCAUGUACCCUAACGGGCCUUUCUUCUACAUGUCGGAUGACGACAUAACCGACAACUCCGACGACGAAGGGCCCAGCUCGAAAUCAAAGUCCAAGGAAAGGGAGGUCGUCUUGCCAGCCGACCCUAGAGAGCAUCCCUUCGGACACCCGGCUGAGAGCUCGGCGAGAGCAAAAGUGGGCAGGCAGCCCCGGCGCGCGGAAGCCGACGACAUGAUCAGCGCGCGUCUCUCCCUCACCUCGAACUCGGAACACUCAAAGGACGACGUCAGGGCGGCUGCGCUGAGAUCGAUAGAUAAAAUGAGUCGAAAUGAGAGGGAGCUCAAUGCACUUAUCAACGGCGGAUGCGACAUCGUUUACGGCUCGGUAAAACACGAGCUCUUCCUCAAGGUAAUCGAGUCCGGUCAUACGGGAUGCAUUGUCCUGGACAUAGGCUCGAUUCGCGCCUUGUUUGAGACUAUGCGCGACAUUGCCCAGGCGAAUCCCGUCGAUAUGGAGGCUCUUCGGGAUGUCUUUGAAGAUUACCGGACGGAGUUGGCUGUGAGGUUAAACGCUCUGCAUGGACUAGCAACAUUACUGGGACCCGCUCAACCGAAUAGUCCCUAG